GCAUUGAUCAAUCGGCGACUGAGAGAGAGAGAGAGAGAGAGCAGAGCAGAGAUGUCGAAGACGCUGGUGCAGCCGAUAGGGCAAAAACGGCUGACGAACGUCGCCGUCGUUCGUCUGAAAAAGCAUGGAAAUCGUUUCGAGAUUGCGUGCUACAAGAACAAAGUCCUCUCUUGGCGCUCCGGCGUGGAGAAGGACAUUGACGAAGUCUUACAGUCACAUACUGUGUAUUUCAAUGUCUCCAAGGGAGUUCUCGCCAAGUCAAAAGAUUUGCUUGCGGCAUUCGGGACAGAUGAUCAGACCAAAAUUUGUUUGGAGAUUUUGGAAAAAGGAGAGCUACAAGUUGCAGGGAAGGAGAGGGAGUCACAAUUUUCAAGUCAGUUCAGGGAUAUUGCUACAAUAGUCAUGCAGAAGACGGUCAACCCAGAAACUCAGCGGCCAUAUACCAUAAGCAUGAUAGAACGCCUAAUGCAUGAAAUCCAUUUUGCUGUUGAUCCACAUAGUAGCUCUAAAAAACAGGCAUUGGAGGUCAUCCGUGAGCUUCAAAAGCACUAUCCUAUUAAACGGGCCCCAAUGAGGUUACGCUUAACCAUACCAGGAGAACAAAAUUUUUCCAUACUGGAGAAGCUUAAGGAGUGGAAUGCUGGUGUGAUUUCAAGAGAUGAAGCUGGAAGCCAACUUUCUAUUAUUUGUGAGAUGGAACCAAAUCUUUUUCGGGAUUGUGAUGCCUUGAUAAGGAAUUUGCAGGGAAGAUUGGAAAUUCUUGCAGUUAAUGUGCAUGUAGAAGGCGAUACUUUUGUCGAUCAGUAUGAUGAUCAUGAGGAUGAAUCAUCAAGUUUGACGGAAAAAAUGCAAAAGCAUACAAUCUCUUCUGAAAAUGAAUAUAUCAGGGGAGAGAUAAAGCAGAACAGGCCAGCAAAAAGUGGGAGUUCAGAAGGAGAAGUCAAACUAAACAAGUGCAGUACAUGCAAUGCAGUUGUGGGAGAUUCCAAGGAGUUCAGAGAACACUUCAAGAGUGAUUGGCAUAAACAUAAUCUAAGGCGAAAAACUAGGCAACUUCCUCCUCUUACUGCAGAAGAGUGUAUGGCUGACAUGGAACUUGGGGACUCAAAGGCUGAUCUGAAGGAAUACUCCUUUUGAGGUUGAACAUUGUCAAAUGUCACAGCAUGGUGGUUGAUGGAACCUUACGUUUUCUUAUGCUUCUUCACAUUUUAAGAUUGGAGUGAGCAAAAUUCUUUUCUUAGAGGAAUUAUUUUGGCUGGAUGUAUGUAUUUGAAGAGAGUUCCUAGUCCUUGUAUGAACAUGUCUUUAUAAGAUUGAUAGAAUUGCCCUCUUGAGGGUACAUAUUAUAAUCAUA